UGCAGCCUGGAGCGGCCGCAGACGGAGCGCACCUCGCAGCGGUCAGGCGCGCCCUGGGAGCGCUGAGUCUGGGAGAGCUGCUAGGUGGUUGCUUCUCCUGGGCUCCAGGCUCCGGGCUCCAGACCGACUCCCGUGCUCCCUGCACGCUAGGCCCUAGAGCUCUCUCCUUAGAGAGGAUUCUGCGGAGGAUCUAGCGAUCCCGCCCCGCUGCGCCCCAUACUGACCCGCUCCCUGCCCCAGGCCCAUCCCUUUCUCCAGCUGUCCGCAGCAGUCCCCCCCCACCCGCCCUCCGGUCCCCAGAGCGCUGCAGCCAUGGGCAUCCGAGGCAUGCUGCGAGCCGCCGCGCUCCUGCUGCUCAUCAGAACCUGGCUCGCAGAGAGCUAUGACCCCAGUCCCACCCCAAAAUUCCAUUUCGAGUUCUCCUCCACCAUGCCCGAAGUCGUCCUGGACCUCUUCAACUGCAAAAAUUGUGCAAAUGAAGCUAUGGUUCAUAAGAUUUUGGACAGGGUGCUGUCGAAUUAUGAUGUCCGAUUGAGACCAAAUUUUGGAGGUGCCCCUGUGCCUGUGAAAAUAUCUAUCUAUGUCUCCAGCAUUGAACAGAUCUCAGAAACAAAUAUGGACUACACAAUCACAAUGAUUUUUCAUCAGACCUGGAAGGAUUCUCGCUUAGCAUACUAUGAGACCAACCUGAAUUUGACUCUGGACUAUCGGAUGCAUGAAAAGUUGUGGGUCCCUGACUGCUACUUUGUGAAUAGCAAGGAUGCUUUUGUACAUGAUGUAACUGUAGAAAAUCGUGUAUUUCAGCUUCACCCUGAUGGAACAGUGCAGUAUGGCAUCAGACUCACCACCACAGCAGCCUGUUCCCUGGAUCUGCACAAAUACCCUCUAGACAAGCAGGCCUGCAAGCUGGAGGUGGAGAGCUAUGGCUACACGGUUGAAGAUGUUGUCUUAUCCUGGGAAGACAAUGAAAAUGCCAUCCACAUGACUGAGGAGCUGCAUAUCCCUCAGUUUUCUUUCUUGGGAAGGACGAUUACUAGCAAGGAGGUGUACUUCUACACAGGUUCCUACAUGCGCCUGAUACUAAAGUUCCAGGUUCAGAGGGAAUUCAGCAGCUACCUUGUACAGGUUUAUUGGCCCACUGUCCUCACCACCAUCCUCUCUUGGAUAUCAUUUUGGAUGAACUAUGAUUCCUCUGCAGCCAGGGUGACAAUUGGCCUGACUUCAAUUCUUGUCCUGACCACCAUCGACUCACAUAUGCGGGAUAGACUCCCCCACAUUUCCUAUAUCAAGGCCAUUGACAUCUACAUCCUUGUGUGCUUGUUCUUCGUGUUCCUGUCCUUGAUGGAGUAUGUCUACAUCAACUACCUUUUCUUCAGCCAAGGACCUCGGCGCCACCGUAGGCGAUACAGGAGACCCAGAAGAGUCCUAGCCCGCUACCACUACCAGGAAGUAGUGGUGGGAAAUGUGCAGGAUGGCCUGAUUAACGUGGAAGACGGAUUCGGCUCUCUUCCCACCAGCCCAGCACAGGCCCCCCUGGCGAGCCCGGAAAGCCUCGGCUCUUUGGCAUCCACCUCAGAGCGGGCCCAGCUGGCCAUCCCGGAAAGCCUCAGUCCACUGUCUUCCCUCUCAGGCCGAGCCCAGUUGGCCACUGGAGAAAGCCUGAGUGAUCUCCCCUCCACCUCCCAGCAGGCCCUUCAUGGCUAUGGUGUCCAUUUUAAUGGUUUCCGCAGUGAUGAUACUAUUACUCCUACUGAAAUCCGAAACCGUGCUGAGGCCCUUGACCAUGCUAAGACCUAUGACGAUGAAGACUCCGAAGAUGACCUGAGUUUGGAUGAGAACCAUGGCCAUGGCCCCAGUAGGAAACGCAUGAUGUACCGUGGCCAGAGCUGUGUGCUAGAAGGAGGCUGGGACCUUGAUGAGAUCCAGAGCUUCCAUGAUGACAUCAAUGUCGAGAGCCGAAGCCUUGACCUGGAAGACCAACGCAGGAGUGAUACUCACAGUAUCUGGAGCCUUGAUGAUGAGGAGCUCAUGGCCGGUGACCAAGAGAAUGAUAGUAGCUCAGAGUCUGAGGAUAGUUGCCCACCAAGCCCUGGGUGCUCUUUCAAUGAAGGGUUCUCUUUCUACGUCUUUAGCCCUAGCCGUGUCCCCAAGAUUGACAAGUGGUCCCGAUUCCUCUUCCCUCUUUCCUUUGGCCUGUUCAACGUAGUUUACUGGCUGUACCAUAUCUACUAGUUCCCAGGGCCCCGAGCAGCAGAGCCACUAUGCUGUGCUCCCUUCACAGUUUUGUUUUGAUUUUGUUUUUCCCUUUUUCCUUUAUUCAUUUGAUUUGGUGGUUAUUCUGCAGUCUAAUCAGUUGAACACUUCUCUUUAUCAUUGUGAGGUGGCAAGUAGAUGGAAAGAACCCAUUCUGGCGAGAAGGAAAGAAGGAGGAGUUGGAAAAGAAAGGAAGGAUCUGAGUGCUACCCACAAACAUUUCUGAUGGCUUUACUGUCCCCGUUAGGUGUCAAUUUUUCUUUUUCAUUUCCUUUUUUCUUCUUUGUUUUUCCUCCUGGGGGUCAUGGACCUUGCUCACCCUCUGCUUAGGACUUUGGGAGAAAGUGAAGCUGGGUUGGGCCGAGGUAUGCAGGGGAAGAGCUAGCCACAGCUUGAAACUGCAGGCAACUGGCUGUAAGAAAGUUGGGGAGGAUUUGGAAGUGCCUUUUGCCCAUGAUUUCAUUGAUGUUGUGGCACAGGGUUGGGAAGAAAAUGAGGAGGUACAAAGGAGUAUGGGGAGGUAAGUGAGGAAAUGGCAGGGGGUCAUGUCAGGUUGGAGAAUGCCCAGGUUAAGCCGGCCCCUUUGGAGGGAUUGGAACUUCCUUUGCCUAUGUUUCUACUUCGGAAAGCUUGACAAUGGGAACUUGAUAACUUCUUUCUAGUCAGCAGUUAGCUUUCUAUCAAUCACUGAGUUGGACACUAGUUGGACACUAGUCACUGGGCCAUUGCUUGGUGAAUAAGCACUGGACUAGAAAGUUCCGACUGGCUAUUUCACCUCUGAUCUGGAGUAGCAGAUGAACAACUAUUGUGAAUCUCUAUACUAAUCCUUUCUAUUUGUUUAGUGCAUGGUAAGUGUCAACAAGCUCACUGACCCUUCACGCUGUUGGACCCUCACAGGAGCCCUGUGAGCAAGAGAAAGUCAAGCACUUUGUCCCCAGUGUUCCAAGAAAAACGUGGAGCUUAUGUGCCAUGCUUGAGGACACUAGCUCUUCAACUUUACGCUACUCUGAACUGAAGAGUACCUUUUCUUUCCCUCCCCCUUGCAAAAGGGGGUCCUCCAGCAGAGUCUGCUUAUCUAUCAGACUGCCAACCACGUUCUACAGCACUGAAGCACCUCAGCAGGAAGAGGCUACUGACCAGCCAAUAAGAGAGAACCCAGCAGAUGGAGAGUGUGGGCCUUCCCACCCAGCCUGUAUGUGAACUUGCCAAGCAGCACCACCUUGAUGAAGGGCAUGAGAGAGUGAGCUUUGCCAAGCACUCAAUCCCUGUCCCCUCUUGCUCUCUAGGCAGCCUCUCCUGCAGCCCCUCACCUCUCCACCCACCCACCCCCUUUUAACUGCUUCUGUGUAGGUAUUUCUUUGUGUGUGUCUGCUUACUUAUGUUUAUUUGAUUUGAAUGGGCAGGAAAGAAUGUAUGCUUGAAAGGGUAUGCAUUUCUUUUUAGUGGAUUUUCUAGAACCACCAGAACUCCCAUGGCCUGUUCCCACAUUGGAUGAGCUGGUUAACUGUUUCUUUCUAAUCCCCCUGUUCCAGAGAGCAGGUUCUCCUGGUUCCCAUCCAUUCCUUACUCCUCUUUCCCUGCAUCUGUGCUGUGUUCUGGAUUGAAGGCCCAGGGGAAGCACAUGUAGUCCUAAGAAGUGGUAAUAUAGUGCCUUGAGGUAGGUAGUGCUCAAUUUGUGGGAUAAGCUAAGUGCUGAGCAUUUUGCUUGGUGCUAUAAGGGCAUGGUUUAGAGAAAAGAAAGUAGUCACAGGAUAUCUAAGAUUGCCUAUUUUUGAACAUCCCACACAGAGAGAUCCAGAUUGAAGGGAGAGCGAUGACCUCACAUGGUUAUUGGAACACUAGCUUCCUGGAGCCUAAACAUUGGUUGCUUGACUUGGAUUCGGUCUCCUGGAGGGGAUUCGAACCCUGUGGAGGGGAAGUAGUUCAUUGAGGUGAAGUCAUAAAGGGAAGUCAGAACAGGGGGGAAAAAUAAGACACAGCAAUGCAUAGGAAGACUUCACAGCACAGAGGAAGGACAAAGAGGCCAGUUGUAAAUACCCACAUACUAGAUAUAUUAGACCUUAAAGAGAAUAUCUUGCCCUAGUGUGCUGCAAUGAGAGCAGUUGAACUCUCCUGCUCCUCAUACUCCGUGAGGUUAAAUGUCAAGGUGAGGUGGAGAUUUGGCAAUGACACAGUUUCAGGAACUUGAACUUUCAGAGAUUACCAUGGUUUUGAUCCAAUUGCCAGCAAAAUUAUCCUGCAAAUUGCCAGAUCUCCCCUUGACAUGUUCUGUGUGUGGUCUGUGGUCAGCGUCCUUAUUGAGCCCCAUCCUCAUCCACCCCCACCCUCUUCCCUGAUGUGCAGGCACACCCCUCCAGUUGGCUGCCAAUGUCCCCUCCCAAAUGUCUCCCUAUACCAAGUAGCUCUAGAAUUGCACAUCAUCUGGCUGCAUGCUCCCAGAGUUCAGCUAAUCAAAGGGCCCUUGGUAGUUUGGAGCUUAGGCAGAGGGAAGGGUCUUGCUGAGUGUGAGAUGGAACAACCCCACUUUUUCCUCUGCUCACCUUUCCUUUUUUUCCCUCUCCUCGACUUUCCCCAUAGAAUCCCUCCCUCAGGAAGGACGCCCCUGUCUGUUUUUCCAAAUUGUUUUAUCGUGGGGAUCUCUGACAUGUUUCCUACCAAGUUUUAUGCCCAUCCCAUCUGCCACUGUGGGGUGCCUUUGCAGAGGUAACAGACAAUCUCUUGGGUCUUAGUGGAGCUUGUCCAAGUAUUCUUCUAAUUCUUGUCAUCUGGUUAAUAGCAAGGCUGCAAAAUCUUUGCAUAUUCAGAGCUGAAUUUUGCUGAGACUAUGCUCAUUCCUAAUGAGGUUUGCUCAGUCUGUAUAUACAACAGCUAACCCUUUGAGCUAUUAACUACUGAAUGCAUCCACUAAGUUCUCCCCUGCAUGAUACCCUGCUGUGGUGAUGUGCAGUAACUUCAUAUCUACUCAAAGCCCAGCAUCAAAGGAAAUUGUGACUUGUCGUACUGAAAGUACAGUGUGUGUUUGUUGUAUAAUGUCCUGUGAUCAAUAUGAAAUCUAUAUUAUCAGUGUUGGGUUUUCAGGGGGGAGGGAAGGGUGUUAAAGUAUUUUCCUGAAUACUUAAAUUAAGAAAUACUCCCAAACGGUCAGGGUCACCUCUAUGGACUCCAUUUGUUUGAGACUUUGCACCCACCAUUUUGCCAGGCUGCAUCCCCAGGGUCAGUUGUCAUCAGCAAGGCUUAAGGUGCCAGAAUUUAAUGCAACCAGCUCUCCUGUCUGACACCAGGCAGUCAGGGGAUUCUGCUGAAGGCAGCCAAGUCAGUGACAUGCUGGAAGUAUGAACUACAGUAAAAUUGUACAUACCAGGUCUUCAGACAGUAAAAACCAAGAAAAGAAGAGCAAGACUAUGACCAAGGUGUCCUGGAUUACCUGACCCACAAAAGGGCACAGAGAAGCAGAGCCUCUUAAGAUGAGUGGGAGCCUUCUUUGUCCUAAUUAAAUGUACAUUUUCCCAUGACCUUGACCAGUCCUGACUUUAAGAAAGUAAAACACAGAAAAGCAUAAAAUUAUACUUGUGAAAAAUAUAAUGGAAAAAAAUUUGUAAAUAGCAAAUAAAGAAAAAUAAAGGUCUACA